UGUUUCAGAUGCCAGUUUGUAAGUGAGUUCCAGUCGCGAGCAGGACUUCAGGCCCAACUGAGUCGCUACUGAACUGGUGGGAGAUUUUGUGUGGUCGACUGAUCGUACAAACGUAACAGGCUCGGCCGGGCCCUCAAACGGGAUCUGAAACAUAAUCGACAGAAACUACUAGCCUUAGUUAGUCCAGACGGACGCGGAUCGCAAUGGAGUAUCUCAAAUCUUUGGCGGAGGGCUAUCGGAUGCCCGAUUUAAAAAAACUGUGGUACGCGAUGGAUCAGACAGAUUCCGGCACCAAGGAGCAACCUUCCAUAUUUGUUCAGAUGGAAUCCAUUCUGGUCCAAGUUCAAGAAGUUUUGCUGUGGAGCAAUGUGCAUCGUUCAGCCGCCUUUGGAUGUGGAAGUGUGUUGGGCUUUUGUUAUUUCUACUACUCUAGUGCGUCCUCGAUCAGCUGGAUCAUGUGGAGCAUCUUGGUGGCAUUCGUGGGAUCCACGUGGAUCAACAGAAUCUGGCCAGAGAUCCGAGUGGAACCAUCCCCGGAUCAAACCCCAGACGCCGAGAAAUUCACACCCAUCAACCCAUCUUGCUACAGUGGGCCUGAAGUUGAGACCAUGGUGAAAGCCUUCACUGCCAAGGGUUGGGAUCUUUGGCGACGAAUGUGGGACAUGCGGACUCAGACUCCGGGCAAAUUCUGUAGUGUGACCUGUGGACUCUUCCUCAUGAUCUGGAUGAUUGGAUCAUGGGUGUCCUCGUUUACCUUGGGGCUCUCGCUCAUUCUCGCGAUGUUUACCAUUCCAAAGCUCGUACAGGAGUACCUGAAAGAUCCCGAGGCCAUGCCGAUCAUUCAUCAAAUCGUGCGGUUCAUGGAACCUUUUUUAGGUUAUGUUGGGCUUGGUCCCACCCAUGACGAGAUCGAUGGAGGCCAGACAAGGGAGAUUGCCGAGCCCGAGGUCGAAAUGAAAGCUCAAAACAUGCUGGAGUCCUCACCAAUGAUGCUUGCUUCGUCCUACCUCAAGACGCUCCAAGCUAAAGUAAACGAAGUUAUGCAAGAGCCACACACUGAAGAAGAACUUAUGCCAAUAAUCGAUGACCAAGAGGGCCAAACAGUUUUGGAAGCUGCCUCCAAUGAGACUGAAGAGGAAAACGACGAUGACCCUGAAGAGAAGUUGAGGCCAACACAAGGCCAAGCUGAAGAUUCGCUUCUUCCCUCCUUGGACACAAUUCCGAGCCCCGAGGAAUUGGAUGUGGAGUCGGAACCAAACUCCUUACUGGAGGAGGACUUCCUUCCUACCCAGGCAAUUUGUCUCGAAGCAACAAACCAGAUACCAAACACGCCCCACCUGCAAAUCGACCAAGAUAAAAGCUCGCCCUUGGCGAUACCGCCACCACAAUCUGUAGAGGACUCGGAAGUCCCAGAUUAUUCAUCUUCCGAUGAAGAAGAGCUCCCAAUGUCAGUGUCCAAAGAAUCUUCAACAACCGUGGGCGAACGUGCACCAUUGGAAAACCAAGCUGUGAUGUUAUCUCAAGCCAUGCGAGAAGACUCUAUUCCGGAAUCGUCUUCAUCCGAGGAUUCCAAGGAUGACGAAUUCGAGCUGAUCACGGAGGAGGAGCUGAAGAACGUGGACCUUCUCCAAUGAAAACGACAACAAAUCCUCCUCCUCCUCCUCUUCCUCCUCCUGACAUGUACUACUUUGCAUUACCAGUAUUGUUCGGAGUAAAUCCAUGAACAAAACAUUGUCAUUAAAUUUCUAGAAAAGAAGAAAACAGAAUAGCUUUUGGUGCUCUUGACCGCAUAUCUAAAAAAAUGGGCGUCUACUUUUUGCCUUCAGGGAUUUUUUUCUUAUCUUUCUGGAGAAUGAAUCCCUUGCCAAGUAUAAUAAACCACGUUCAAAAAUGUA